AUGGAACCCAUGUCGCUAUCUCCAAAUGGGAGCAUCGAGGAAAUGGAGGACGGUCACAUAGCCUACCUAGAGUGGGAGCUGGCACCCAAGGGCCUGCGGCGCAAGAGAGAGUUUAUCCCAAAUGAGAAGAAGGACGCCACCUACUGGGAGAAGCGUCGCAAGAACAACGAGGCGGCCAAGCGGUCGCGGGAGAAGAGGAGGGUGAACGAUUAUGUGCUGGAGAGCCGCCUGGUGGCCAUGAGUGAAGAGAACGCCCGGUUGAACACAGAACUGCUGGCCCUCAAACUCCACUUUGGCCUGGUGAGCCCUGCGGCCUACGCUGCCCACCAGAACAGCCUGCUACGGCUCCGCCAUGCGAACACCUACAGCCCCCAGUCCCCGCCACCCAGCAGCUCAACCCAGUCCCUGGACAGAGAUGUCUACUGGGGCAGCAGGCCCAGCUACAGAGACCCCUCCACCCUGCCCACUUACCACCACCGACCCUCCGUCCUGACUGGGCAACCUUCCCCUGCCCUAAUCCAUCCACAAGCUCUACCAACCAGAAGGGGAUAUCCAUACAUCUUAGACAUGCCCAGUGUCCUCCACCCUGCAAACUCAUCCUCCCUUCUCCUGCCCCCGCUUCUCCCCCCUGCCCUAUCGUCCUGGCCGGGAGUUCCCCUGCUGAGGCCCACCCCUAAGAGAAGGUGUUCAGAUGAGGAGGGGGAACAGCAGGUCCCAGCAGCCUCCUCCAGUGCUGCAAUACCGCACAAGCUGAGGCUGAAGACCCCCAGAGCUUCUACUGUCCUUAGGGAUGUCAGAGAUAGGGCCUCCCCCCCACUCCCGCUUUAUGUAUCUGACUGA